GAUUGAAAUGUUUAGACGAAGUUUGAGUAAUGAAGUAAUGAGUUUAAGUAGUGAUAUGAGUUCAGUGCAAUACCACUUUAUUGCCACUAGGGUAUAGUGUUCCAUUGCUUUUCUUAGGCUACCUGUCAACAAAUCAACCAGCCUACCUGUAAACGCACAUAGCAAGGCCUACACUCGAAAUGUUCUUAUUAAGAUGUAAUUUGUAGUUGUUUCCCCCACAACGCUCUUUAAAUUUUAGAUUCUCCUGACAAAUAGUAACUUGAUUGUCGUGGAUUAAGAAAAAAAAAAUUUCUGGAAGAGACGUAAACAAAACCAUUUUCACUUUGGCAUCGAAUGGCUAUCCGAAGUGUUAUUUUAUUCAUUGGAGUUUACUUUGUGUUUGUGAAGGCGGCAGACCCUGAGCAUGGAAAACUCGGAGGGAAGAUCACAUUGGUCCCCACUGUCACAGGAAAAAUGGACGAGAUCUUGUGGAAACAUAAGGGUAAUCAAGUGGUGGAGUUCGAUGGUAGCCAGAACAAGGAGUUUGGCUCUUAUGUGGGUAGGACCGUCCUAGACUUCGUCACCGGAGAGCUCAUAAUCAGUGACCUCACUGCCGAAGACAGUGGACAUUAUGAGUUUGAAGCAUACAUCAACAACCUGCCGAAGUACUCACACCAUCAAGUGGAGGUCAUCGCUGAAGUGGCACAACCCACCAUUAUUUGUGUGGUCAACGAUACCAAGACGACUGCUUCCAUGGCAACACUGCUGUGCAUUGCAGACCUUCAAGACCAACAGUCCCCAAUGACAUACAGCUGGGAGGGGUUGGAGGGCACAUUGCUUAGCUCUUCAUCCAUUGAUCAAAAGUUGUCCAUCGUUGUUAAGGACAGACAUGACAAGGCAGUCUUCCAGUGUUCAGUUAGCAACCUUGUGAGUAAGAAGCAGGCCCAAUUCCAAGUGAAGAACUGCUUCACAGACGAAAGCUCAUCUACAGUACUGGCUGUCUGUCUUUCCCUGUUGUGCCUGGUCGUUUUGCUGAUCUUGGCUGUUCUGGCCUUGUGGUUUUAUAAGAGACACAAGAAAGCAGAACCUGCUCUCAACAAGCAAGAUAAUGUGGAGAAUCCUCUGGAGCUAGAACAAGUGAAGGAGGAGAGAAAACUAUUUGAUAGACUGGCAAAGCAGCAGAUUCCAACAAAAGAGAGACUGGAUGACCAGAACGGAAAUAAGAAGCAGGAGAACAUUGAAAGAACUGAAGGUAACUCCACACUCCCCAGCACUCAAGCAUUACCUCAACAAGCUCAAAAUGAAGAGAAGAGGUCUGGUCCACCCUCACCCUCCCAAGCCAGCAUGAUCCAGUCAGACCAGAACAUAUUACAACCUGGACAAGAGACAGUACCAGACCAGGACCCAGCAGAGCCUGUGGAGGUCAGUCUCCCUGACCAGAAGAGUGUAGAGGCCUCAAUAACAAAGGAACCCACAGAUCCGGCCAUACCAGACCCAGAACCAGAAGGACCGACAUGUCCCACAAAGCAGGACACGGGCGCAGAAGAAACCGGAAAUCAGAAACAACCAGAUGCAGACAUAUUGGGAAAAACUGGGUUGCUGACAAACCCAAACAAUCCCACACAGGCUGGGUCAGAACCAGAGGCUCCCAAAAAUCAGUUUGACACAAAUACAGAAGCCACAUCUGAGGUUCCAGCUAAGGGUCAUCAGGUUGAAAACUCUGAGAGCUGUUCAACCUCUCCUGGCGGGGAGGAAGGGGAUAAAGAUGGGUUAAAGAAGGCAGAAAAAGAGAUAGAGCCAAGGAAUGGGGAAACAAAUGAUGAGACAAAUGAUGAUAGAAUUGACAAAGAUGCCAUGGACCAAAAUGGAGAGGAAGCAAUCAAAAAGACAGAGCAAAAGAAAGAACACAGUUCUCAAUUUUCUACGUUGAGCCCCAAAGAUGAUCAGAUAAAUGGAAGCACACUAGACGCUGUAGCUGUCUCCAAGCCUACAGAACCGAGUCAAGACCAACCAGAACUGGAUGACUCAAAAGCUGUUAGAGAUGUGGACCUAUGUCAACAGAAGCCAAACUCCCAGAGUGGUUCCAUCUCUCCUGGGGGGGUAGUAGGCAGUGAAAAAGGAUCAAAGGAGGCAGAAGAAGAGAUGGAGGCAGGGGAUGUGGAAAAAGAGAUACCCGAAGGGGGGGGGGUGAUCAUUCUAUCAGGAUAGAUGGAAACAUGAAGACGGAUGAUGAGGAAAAUAAGAAAUCAUUUGUGGCAGUGGGGGACACUGUAGCUGUCUCCAAGCCUACAGAACCGAGUCAAGAU